AUGCGUAAUGAAGAAAUAUAGAUUGUCUGUCCCAUUCAUGAUUACGAAAUUAUCCUACUUGAUAUUAAAGAAGGUAUACCCCUAGGAGAGAGGGCUUGUUGUAAAGACUGUGAAAUAAAACAAUCAUAUAAUAUCAAAAAAGCAAUUUAAAGAAUCAAUGCUUAAAAAUUAUAAUAAACAUAGAUUAUUAAUAAUAACAUAGAAUAGGUACUGGCAGAAAUAACCUUAAUAGAAAAAACAAUAAAAGAAUUUUGGAACUAAAUUUAAGAUGCUUUUCUUAAAAUUAACAGCUCUUUAGAAAAUUAGAAAGCAUUUCUAAAAAGGUAAUUAAAUGAUGAUAGAGAAAUAAAGAUUAUUUCUUUAGAAGAUCUUUAAAAUCUUGGAUUAAUGAUAUCUGAAUUAGAAAAAAAUAAACUUAAUCAGUAAAGUGAACUCAAUCAAGAAGAUUAUAAUCUCUAUUAAAGUAAUCUACACAAUCAAUUAGAUUAGAUUUAGAAUAUUGUUGAGAAAUAUUUGACUACAUUAAAAGCCACAAAAGUUAAGCAAGAAUAGUAAGUUAUAUUUCGAAAUAACUAUUAAGUAAUUUAAUCUUCUUUCUUGGAAAAAUGGGUUGAUCCAAUUAUAUUUUUGAAUGAUAAUUUAAAGGCUGUAUUGUGUGAUUGUUCUGGAGUUACAGAACUCAAUUUUGAGAAUAACCAAUUUUUAUUCUAGCGUUUAAUAUAGAUAUAGAAUAUAACAGAAAUUUAUGUUGGAGCUGAUUUAACUUGGAUAUUAACAGCAGGACAAGAUGCAAUAAUAUCAAUGUGGCAAAGAGAAAAUUAGAAUUGGAAAUUGUGUUAGUAACUUUAAGGACAUAGAUAAUCAAUCAAUAGGAUGAUAAUUAAUGAAACUAAAUCAUAGGUAAUAUCUGGGGGAUUAGAUAGUAAAAUUGUAAUUUGGAAUAAAAAAGGCUUUAAAUUAGAAAAGCAUGAGUCCUUAAAAUAACACAAGAGAAGUGUUACAAGUUUAGCUUGGAGUCACUCUGGAACAUAUUUUGCUUCUGGAAGUUCUGAUAAAAAUUUGAUUUUUUGGAAAUCUAAUAAUGGAUCUUGGAUGUUAUUUUAACAGAUUAGCGAUUAACAUCAGUCUAUGAUUUCUGAUAUUUUCUUUGAUAAUUACGACAAUGUUUAUACUGCAGCUGAAAAUGUUAAAGUAUGGAAACAAGAUAAUCGUCAGAAUUAUCUGCUCUAAUCAAUUGUUAAUACUGUAAAUCAAGUCAAAAAAAUAUUAUUUGUUAAAGACCAUUAAUAUUUAAUUAUUUUACAAAAAACCAUAGAAAUCUAUAAGGUUACAAAAUAUGAUAUAGUUCACAAAUAAUCAUUAGGUGGCGAGUAUAAUAGUAUUGCAGUUUCAAGGAAUGGUUAAUAUAUAAUAACUUAAAAAUAUGAAAAUCAAUAAUUGCAAUUGUUGAAAUUAUAACAGUUGUGAA